GGGCUCUCCCACCUGCUUCGGUGUCUAACCAAGAGGUACCGCUGCAGUCUCCUCUUGACAGCACAGAGAGGUGUCUGUGCUCUCCAGUUCCUUGCUCAAAAAGCCGAGAACGCCUGAGAGAUGGAGAAGAGAGAGCUAAAGACUUUUGUUCCAAAAUUUGACAAGAUUCCUUGGCUUAGUGAGGCCAGCGUGGUAAACAAGCCGUUAAUACUCAGCAUCCCUAGAAGGUACCGCUCCUCCAUUGUUCUGACUUCAUACAAGAAGGAUAUGUAUUUGCCACACUUGCUUGAAGAUUCAGACUUCAUAUCGAAGGCUAGAAAGAACGAGCAUGAAAACCUGUUACCCAGAAACAAGCAGCUGUGCUCCACAUGUCGAGGAUAUCAAGAAAUGAAAACGUUACAGCCAAAAAUUUUCAAAAUACCUGACCAUCGGGAACCAUCCCCCCAGAAUUCUGUGAAUCACGGCGAGGUGAGCCUUCAUUCGCAAGAGCAGCAGUUACAUGCCUGCAAUGAUAUUCCAACAGAGAGCAUUCGCUACAGGCUGCCCAUUUUAGGCCCCAGGACUGCUGUUUUCCACAGGCUGCUGUCAGAUGCCUACAAAACUCCUCAGGAUACUCAAUACUGUGCCUUUCCCAAAAAGAAAGGAAUGAGCAAGACAGUGAAACAGAUAACAACACCUCAUGCUGCACUGUAUCCCUGCAGGAGCUACUCGGCUAUUUGAGAUAUAUUUCAAAUAAAGGCAAGUCCAUCCCUAGGCUUAAUAACUAUCAUAAAACCACAAACUAAGAUCCAUAAAUUUGGGAGUUUGAAGGCAGACUUGGUUAUGUAUUGUGAUUCUGCCUUCUAAGGAGUUAUCAUUUCAUUUAGAGAAAUAUAAAUGUGCAUGCUCCUAUCACACACACACACACACACACACACACACACACACACACACACACACACAGUGCAUGGAACAUGAGUUACAAAAAGGAGCACCCAGCCAUUUCAGCAAUAACAUCCUCCAUAUCACCAGUCGCCCUGCUGUCUGACGGGAACAAAGAAGCAAUUAUUGAACCUCUCCAGCAAGGCCAAUGGGAGAGAAAUAGCUAUGUGUUAUCGCUUGUUCUUUGUGAAGUCUUUGGCGAGACAUUUUGUCACCUGGUCAGCAAAGUGCAGAAAAGCCAGGUGAAGCAUGGAUGGAUAUCAGUUAUUUCAGAAGUUUACUGGGUUCAUCAGCUAGUAAGAGCCAUCCAGUGGGGAUUCCAAGCUGUGAAAAAGGCUAGAAACUUUAUUCCCUCGAUUUGAGAAAAAGUGCAUAAAGAGUACAAAAUGUGUAAAAUCAAGAAAAGGAUCGUGGUAACACUGGUUAGCUCUUAAAAGUCAAGCAGAGUGGCUGGAGGGCAGAAAAUGGCAGAGAGGUUUUUGCAAACUCCACCCUGACUUUCCUUUCGGGUUGUGAACUACUUCAGUGUUUCACUGACUCAAAAACAGAACAGGGUGAAACAAAAGACCUCUUUGAAAGUGCCAAGAAGCUAAUGUAGCUUUGACACUGGAAACCUGAUAAACCAUCUGCAAAAUUGUCCUGAAGACACUCCCACAGACGGACAUAAACCUUGAGUUCUAUCAAGUUCAAGCAAGUGUCCGGUCCAAAGAAUACAUUUUAUCUCUGGCCUUCAGGAAGUUUUGCCAUUGAAAGGCAAGUUCUGGCACCCAACAAUAAACGGUUCAUGCUAA